GCUCCGCCAACAUCGAGGUGCGCGGCUUCUACGAGCACAGAGCGCCACGCCACGCCUGCGUCGACGCACUGUUGGCAGAUCUCAAGCAGGUCGCGGAUGGCGUCGAGGUCGUUCCCGCCAUUGUCGUAGAUGCUGCAGCCAGAGAGGGGGGCGACCCCAUGAACUGCUUCAGCCAGCACCAGGUGAACAGAAACACGUACUGUCUUGCAGACGAGCUCGCGAUGGACGAGUUCCGUCAGCUGCAGCGGAUACUAGCCUACGCGGCCAGCUGCAAGCGAGAGUGCCAGUCCGAGGCCGCAUGGAACACGCUGGUGCACAGCCCGCUCCUGCACCAUGCCGUCGAGACAUCCCAGUGUCCCCAAGUCACGCCUUUCAUCGCAACAACCGCCGGCAUCAUCCCAGCCCUACUUCCCCGCAAUAUCUACACCGGAAACACCGUAAGCGGCCGGCUAGUCGACUUUUGUAUCGCCAUCGAUGUCAACCGCUGCGCCGUCACCGAUUUGCUCGCGACGCAAAGCGAGGCCCUCUGCUCACUCAAUCAGACCAUGUAUACGCCAUUACGCGAGCGGCCGAUUGCCAUCGCCGCCGAGACCAAGAUUGACACGGCACCGGAAACGGGCGAGAACCAGCUGGCAAUCUGGACCAAGGCCUGGUUGAACCGGCUGCGCAUCUUUGGCAAUGCGGAUCUGACCCACGUGCCGCCACUGCCGCUGUUACGCAUCAAGGGUCACGAAUGGUAUCUGCUGCUAGCUUGGGAAGAGGCGCCAUCGCCGCGGACCAACGACAACGAAGGAAACGAAUCUGCACAGCUCGGGGCACACAAGGAACCCAAGCUGGUUCUCCUGGGAGACCUGCUCAUCGGGAGCACCCGCUCGGUCCUGGCCGUCUACCAACUAGUCAACGCGCUAAGGCAUCUCGCGCGCUGGGCAGAUGGGCCGUUUCGAGAGUGGUAUCAGCAUAGUGUGCUUAGUCGAAACUGCCAAGCACCUGGUUGAUUGAUUGUGUCGAGCAUGUGAAUGAUUCAAACAGAUAUUCAAAAUGGCCAGAGGUUAGAGCAGGCAGGACAAACUCUACAUGCAAAUGCAAAGGCCUCUAGCAUAUACGCUAGCACGACAAAAAGACCUCCGCCCGGUUCUGGACCGAUUCAGCAACCGUCAGGAGAUGCCGGGCCAUCUCUUGGGCAUGUGGGUAGAGGCGUCUAUACGUAUCCCAGUCCUCAUAGUGCGCCGUUGGGAAAUUCCGACUCGUCCAGCAGAUGAAUUGCGAUUGGAAGUAUCUUCAGCCAGUGUCACUGCCAGUUGCAUGAGUCAGUGCAUGAAGAACACGCCCGGGUCUCCCACAGCGGUAAAACAUGAAUGAAGCAAAUACUGCACGUCCCUCUCAGCGGCGCCGCUUGAGCAGUUACCGCCUCCGCCCCCAGAUUGCAGUCACUCGUUCUUUCGGACGUCGCUCUCAUUGUGUUGGUUAGCCUCGGUAACUG